AUCUGCCGCGAUGCGCCAAUAACGCGCUGACACCGCUGUAUUUAAACGCGCUUGUACGAGUCCUGGCUCAAUCGGUGCCUGACUCUCGUGGGACGUGCUCGUGUCGUGUCGUGUUUGUGUGUCUGUCUGUGUGAUUACUCGUAUACAACAUGAUUAUCUGCCUAUCUGGUUUUGUUAUUGCCGGAACAUCACCGACUUCAAUACCGGUGACGUCUCGUAAUGAUAUUAGUGUGGUGGAGCGGCUGGGCGGCGCGUGCGAGCGGCCGCUGGCGCCGGGCGGCGCGCGCUACUCGCCGCACCACCACCAGCUGCUGCAGCACUUCGCGCCGCCGCUCGCGCACAGAGGUGUGGGUCGGUCCAGCAGCAGCUCCGCGGAGUCCGUGUCGAGUCACAGCGCGUCGCCGCCGCCGGGCGCCGUGCCCCCGCCGCCUGCGCUGGCGCCCGCGCCCGGCGCGCCGCCCACACUCGCGCCACACCCGCACGCGCCGCUCGCCUCCGUGAGACCGCUCAACUACAAUCGAUAUACUCGCGUAAGGACUCUGUACGCUUGCCUGGGGGAGGGUGACGGCGAGCUGUCCUUCGAGCCGAACCAGAUCAUCACGAACGUGGCGCCCUCCGGCGAACCGGGUUGGCUGCGCGGCACCCUCAACGGCAAGACCGGCCUUGUGCCAGAGAACUACGUCGAACCGCUCCCCUAAACCCCGCCACUGUCCUAGCUGAUGCUAGACUAUGGACUUACCUGACGAGAAAUCUGUCACAAUCGUUCAACACGAACGCACUGCAAGACUGGCCUUGUAAACGAUAUUAUACGGUCUUAGUGGAUGCGGGACUUGAGCUGACGAGUGAAGAGCUAGCGAGAUGGAUCGAACCUCAGCGUGUUAACGAGACUGAGUUCUAUCUGCCUUAGUGGAUGCAGGACUAGGGACGUAUUAGGAAAAUUUACUGAAUUACGAAGUCCUAGUGGAUGCGAUACUACAUUAUGUGGUAAAUACAGAGUACUCGUGUUACCUCGCUGCGCAUGGAAACGAAUUUUUGGUAAAAAAAAUCUCAUCGUCCCCAAUAGUUGGUAACAAACAAAAUAAAUGUCUUCUCAGUCAGUUGGUAUAGAGAUGAUAAUUCCGUAAUGCAUUUGAGAAUAUGGUUUUGAUAAGCAAUAUCAUUGGCGUAACUGAAUAUUUAUAGAGUAAAUGGUGUUUAAUAUAGGUAAGGUAUGUGUUCAAAACUAAGUUACGGUAGUGGCGAUUUUAAAGAAAAGGUACUUUUGUCCCUCCCUUUACUCUAGUUACGCCAAUGAGCACGUUUUGUAUUAGCCGUAACAAGUCUGAGACGCUUGCCAGAUAGACUUUACUUACAUUCCAUAUCAGCAUUCGUAAUAUAGUAACAGUUUCGCCGUCGACAGAUGGCGCGCAUCUCACAGUAUUUAAGAGCUUCCCGUGUUUAUUAAUGUGCGUCUGGCUGACACUACGGUGGAUUUGGGCCGACGGCAAACUAUUUUGGGAGUUUUCAUAUCAAAAUCUUGCACUUUUUGCCUUCAAAGUAUUAUAAUAAGGUUUAGAAUAACUAACAUACAAAACGCAAUUCCGGCCUAAAUAUAUUUUCUAACGAUUUACUUGCAAUGGCGCCGGCAGCAUUUACGUUUAGUUACGAGUUCCUUUACUAGAUGGCGCUAUUGUGAAUUUGUCAGACUGCCACAAAUCCACCGCAGUGUGCCACUCCAUCCAGCAGGCCUCGUAUGUCGCCUACAGUGAUUCAAAUUACAUAUCGUAACAUAGCUGCCAUAUCGAUUUGUCCAUUUUUGGAGAAUGUUUAUAGAGGAGAGAUAUUGUGAAGCUGUUUAUAAGUGAUGUGUUACAUCGAGAUAGUGUAGCAUGAUCGGGUGGCGCGCUGACGACCGGGCACAACACCGGAGUUGCGGAAAUAGAUUUUAAACCACCUCGGAAUAUAUGUUCAUUGUUUUGUUAGGGAAGACCCUCAGUCUAUGAAUGAUCAAUAAGCAAAAACUGAUUGAUCAUUCAUAGCUACGUCUAUAUCAGAGGUUCCCUAACGUUUUUUUCCCAUAGACCACUUUAAAAAUUUUGCUGGUUCCGGUGGACCCCCUGCAGCUAAAUUUCUACCAUAUUCCCCCAGAAUAUGCUAGUUUUUACAAGUAACAGUUGCUGACCUUCUUAAAAUAUUAUCUGUCUACAUUGAUAGGUGAAGUCAAGCCAACAUUCAAGCUCUUUACUAUCAAAAUCAGAUACAUUCUUGUGGACCCCCGCUUACGAAUUGUGAACUCCUAUUUUUUGGUCACGCCAAAGUAGACCUUCGAGUCUUAAGUGAACGCCUGGGGGUCCAUCUGAACCACUUUCGGAAUCAAUGGUCUAUACUGUGGACAAAAUCAAAGGAAAUAUAUCGGUAAAGGUCCCGUAACGUCUUUAUAUUUACGCCACAAUACGUAUUUUUAUGUAAGUUUUAUACGAAAAAAAAAUAAUCUUCUCGCUUUUAUACUGUAUUUUUAAAUAGCUGAAUAAACGCGUAUUUUAAUAAUUGUGCCAGUUAACACGAUUGACUUUCCGUUGAUAUUAAGAGUGAAUGGAGUAUGUGCGAAUGAAUUGUUUUAAUUAUUUUAUGGACAAUGAAAUGUGAAUGAAUAAGGUGAUAAUAAUGUUAAGUGGAUGGCGUAAAUAUAAAUAUGUCGGGGCGGAGCCGUCGUAACUAUUUAUGGGCUAGCAUGCGUGUGCACUAUUUUUGUCUCCUUCGCACUCACCCGUCACGUUGCGUGUGACGUCAUCGCGCCCACACACAUGAUGGGUUGAGAGUGUUGUGUGCGGCCUCGUGCGAGCGACGUCGGGCGCCACCCUUAUAGUUUCCUAUCAUUUACGUAGUAGGAGCGCACGUUAAGCGACACCAAAUAUAAUAUUUCUUAGUGUUACAUAUUUUGUUGAUUGUUUUUUAACGGUUUCUGUAUAUUUUGUAUAUUGUACAUAAGAGUUUGUUGAUAUUUUUAACUAUUUAUAAUUAUACUUUGUUGUGAAUUUUGUACCAAAUAAAAUUGUAACGUAUUACGCAAUGUCCUCACGGAUGCCUAAUUAUAAACGAAUAUUAAAACA